AUGAGCCCAUCACCAGUCGCCAUGAAAACAUUGGUAUCAAUACUUGUUUUAUUUUCCCUUAGCGUAUCCCUUUCCUUCGUGGUAUUUGGAAGAAAAGAUGAACCAGUGUCGUUAAAAGUUUUGUUUGGUGAUGAUGAUGAUGAUUAUGUCCUAUUUUCAACACUAAGUUUCAAUAAUAUCCAGCGAUUACUCAGUGAUGAAAGCAAUCGUGGUCAAGACGAAGACGAAGAGGAUUGGUGGGAUACAAUUUGGGGUGACAAUGAUGAUGACGACGAUGAAGACGGAAGCGAUAAAGAUAAUGAGAAAGACAAGAACAAAAACAAUAACACGGCUAAUUCUCCUUCACAGAACCGACCUAGCGACGACAACCUCUAUGAUUGCCAGAGUAUGUUGAACUAUCUGGAUCAUCUACCACCAGAAUGCAUACAAUGGGACCACAACAUACCUGUUAUUGGCGCCCCCACAUCAGAUGAACCCGAUGAUGUGAGGAACACCACCUUUGAGAUGGAUGAUAUCCUAGUUCCCAUGAGCUUUCGAGUGGGAGUCCGAAAGAGAUUGAACAAUGGACAAGUUGAUCGGCUCCGUAGAGCCGUAGCUAUAUCUGUCUCCCGUAUCCUUCAUCGCAAGUCACCCUUUCACGUCCCGGAGCCCAUUCGGAUUGAUGCCUUUGACUCCUUCCUCGUGGAUGAGGAUGCUGAUGAUGAGCAGGGUACUACUAGUCCGAGUAUUGCGGUAAUGCCCGAUGCUGCACCCAGCACUCAACCUCCAAGCGAAGAACCUAACGAAAGACUUCCCAAUGGCAACCCAUUCAUUGAUCUAAGCUCCAUUAAUCGAGCCGCAUAUUCCGACGUGAUACCCGAUGAAAGAAACAACAAGGCUCGAAGAUCUGCACAGAAAAAGGGCAAGAUUUGGCUCCAUCACUACAGUACUGAUUUGGUUGAUACAGAAACCAAAAAUGCGACUACCGGACGAUGGUACUAUCCUAUGGCAGUCAACUACGUCGUUUUCUGGGAUGUCUUGUCGUAUCUGAUUGAAGACCCUCGGAUCCUCGCGAAUGUCACAAGAACCUGCUGGCACAUUGGCAACAGGACGCUUGCAAAUGGCGAAUUGGAAAGAAUUCUUCUAGGGGAAGUCAAGAAUGAUACUCUCUUUGAUUUCAUUUACCCCAUGUUUGCUGAUGAUGAUGACGAAGAAGACGAGGCUUGGACAGAGGAGGAGGAAGAUGUCUUUGAAUUGGAUGGGCAAGACCAAGGUGACGAAAUUCCAACUCCGAAUGACUUGGGCGAUGAAGAAAUUAUUUCGACGUUUCCCACUAGGCUAUCAUCGUCCAGUUGGGAAAGGCGAGAAUACUUCGGACUAUACAUGAUGCUCUUCACUCUGGUGUUUGCUAUCGUCAUGCGCUUUUGUGCUGCCAGAAACCAACGACAUGACAGUAAAGCACAGCUGUCUCCGAUCAGUGACUCACACGUCUUGACGGAAGAAGGUGUCAAUGAAAUCUUAAAGGCUGGAUGGAAGUAUCAGGAACACAGUACGGGAGAUGACUCGCAACUGUUCCUUCAUGUGUACGACAAAUCAAGCGCUGGAUACACGAAAGAUAAUUCAAUGCUUAUGGGUGGAGUCGAAAAGAUGGAAAUCGAUGCGAACACGCCAUAUGCAAGUGUACCUCCGACUCUGAAUACCGCACCUACGGACCACGAGAGCAACAGCUCGGCCAACCGCGAUUCUGAGCGCAAAACGAUCAGUAGCAGGAACAGCGAGGAAAGCAAUCGACAACAACCACCAUUGACGAAUGCAACUUCUACCACAUCGCAACUUGGCGACGGGAAGAGGCGCGAAAAUAGGAGUAGACGCAAGAGCGAGCGUAAUAGCAGAAGCAGCUCAAAUGCAGCUAGAAAGAGUGCUUCUGUGCAGCCACCUUCUACCCGCCAACCUUCUACCAGCCAACCUGACUCUACAAACAACAGCGUCCACACUGAUUUGGAUGAGGUAGUUGGUGAUCUCGCUGAGCAAGGCAAACUAAAGUAG